CAAGGUGCAGGACGAACGUAACCGCUGGUAACGACUCGCUCGCGCGAAAUGUCCUUCGCAGUCGUGCGUACUAACAGUCCGAAGAAUCAGAAGAAUAUUCCUUCCUCCACUCAUCGAGCCGGCCGGCUGCCGGCGAUCGCGGGCAGUCAACAUUGCGAGCAAGGUCGCAGCGUUGCGCUUUGUUUACGUCGCAACGUUCGUGAGUGCGCGAUAACGCUGUGUUUGACCGCUCGGAGCUUCACAUGUCGUACGUACGCCGUCGCGCGAUUAUCUUUAUCGAGGAUGCAUAUCUAACAUCUAAGAUAUGCGUGUCAUGUCGGAAUCCGAAAGGUGCCGUUGAGUCGUGGAAUUCGUGAGAUUUUGCUGUGCUCGAGAAAAGUGAAACGGCAUUUACGCUGCAUCACGGGGACACAAAAAAUGGAGUUUAAUUCGGAAAAAAAACGCACGUGACGUCACAGUUAUUUGGAAGAUGAAUUGCUAUACUGUACGUAUCGACGUUAUACAGUGUGACACGUCAUGUUUGGACACUAAAAAAUGUUUUACAAUAGAUUGGGUGUAACUUUGGUUGAUACAAGCUUGAUAAUAGGUUCGACGGCAGUUACUUCUCUUGUCGAGUUUUUGCAGCUUUAUCUUACAACUUUCUGCAUGAUUCUCCACGUCUCGUCAAACUCUGACAUGGAUUCCAGAUUCUUUCUUCACGGCAUUGUUAAGUAAUAGAAUUGACAGUCACAAGGACGAGACUGGUGCACUUUUUAUAGACAGGGACCCAAAACUAUUCUCCAUUAUAUUGAAUUAUCUACGUACCAAGGAUAUUGAUCUGAAAAAUAUAGAUAUUCGAACUUUAAGACAUGAGGCCGAGUACUAUGGCAUCACUCCCUUAGUUAAACGGUUGAUGCUCUGUGAAGACUUGACUCAAUCAUCCUGUGGCGACGUACUAUUUUAUGGCUACUUACCACCUCCAAGUAUACCACUUCAAGAACCUGUUGCUGUAACAUCAAAUGUCAGCGAUGUGUCGGUUCAUAUUAGAGUUAGUUCUAAUUCAAAUUCUAGAGUCGACGGACCAUCUACCUCGCAAUCUAUGACAUCCACUAACUCUACUAAUCAAAACGCCAAUGUAGGUCCACAAAGUCAUAAAGGUGUACUAGGAACACAUAUGAGGAAUUCCUCCCUUGAUUAUCGAUUGCCACAACGCGGUCUCCCACAUUCUCGCACACCAUCUCUAGAUUUGAGACACGCUAGAAACAACUCAGCUGAUCUGAAUAAAUUGUAUAAAAACGAUAUUGGCCUAAUAUUUGGAUCACAACAAGUUUCAUCAUGGGUAGAUCCUCUGAGAGUGCAGAUCAUAAAGGCACAUCACAAUUGGAUAGUGAUCGCUUACGCGCAUUUCAUCACAUGCUACCGACUAAAAGACUCAUCUGGAUGGCAACAUGUGUUUACUAGUCCACACAUCGAAUGCAUAAUAGAGCGCGUGGCGAUAAACGCAAAGAUGGGAAGUGGCGCGGAUGGUAAAAUGGUCGCGAUCUCUUACGGUAGCCAAGUAAGACUUUGGGGUGUGUCCGAGGAAGGGAUCAAGAUCAACGUGGGUACGUUCAAUUUGAAUGUACGUGUAGAAUACUUGUUCUUCAUUGGCAGCCAAUUAGUCGCGUUGUCACCGACCGGAAAAAUUGGCGUGUGGCAUGCGAUGACUCAUCACUGGCAGAUACAGGACGUAGUACCCAUCCUAUCAUUUGACACGGCUGGAUCAUUUCUUCUAUUAGGUUGCAACAACGGUUCCAUUUAUUAUAUUGACAUGCAAAAGUUUCCUUUGCGAAUGAAGGAUAACGACCUGCUCGUGACCGAAUUAUAUCGAGAUCCGAGUUACGAUCCCAUAACUGCAAUAUCUGUGUAUUUGACGCCAAAAACUACAUCUGAGAGGGGAAAGGGAGGUCUCUGCGGAAAUUGGAUAGAAAUCGCUUAUGGCACCAAAUCCGGAAGUGUUAGAGUAAUUGUCCAACAUCCCGAAACUGUUGGUCAUGGUCCACAGCUAUUCCAAACUUUUACAGUACAUCAAAGCAGCGUAACCAAAGUAACACUUUCGGAAAAAUAUUUAGUGUCAGUUUGCUCGGAAUAUAAUCACGUCAGAAGUUGGGCGGUGACCAGAUUCCGUGGAAUGAUUUCGACUCAACCUGGAUCAACACCCGAGGCGAGUUUCAAAAUUGUUUCUUUGGAAGCAAUAGACCCAUGUGUUAGCUAUAACGCUGGCAACGAUUUUGGACCAUUCGGCGAGCAAGAUGACGAGCAGGUGUUUGUGCAAAAAGUCGUACCCGAAACUGAUCAGUUGUUCGUGCGAUUAGCGUCGAAUGGAAAAAGAGUUUGCGUAAUACAGUCGGUAGACGGCAGCAUCAUAAGCUCAUUCUAUGUGCACGAGUGUGAAGGUUCUAGUCGCAUGGGCUCAAGGCCUAGACGGUUCAUAUUUACUGGUCAUUCUAACGGCACUAUUCAAAUGUGGGAUCUCACAACGGCAUUGGAUCCGUCUUUUAAUGCUACUCAAGCAAAAGAUACUUCUGGUGGACCUACGCCAGAGGAACUCUGGAAAUUGUUAGAUCAAUGUGAUCUGAGUAACAGUCAUUGCUCAACGCCUUGCAUCAGUCCGUCUCCUUCGUUGCUCGCAGCUGGACCUAGAAUUAAAUCGAGCAACGUAUUGUUUCUCAAUCAAUCGCAAAAUCCAGAACCAGCGCCUGGACCAAGUCAAACAUAAAGAUACCUAUUCGAGGUAUGUCGUGCCAAGAUGUACACAAUCAGAAAAAAAUCUGCAUUUAUUUAGUUAUUUAUUUAUUAAUGAAUCACUAUAAAUCGUCAAAAAGUCUGUAGCCAUAGUUCCUAAAUCACCAUCUUUGCAUCUUCAGUAGCGAUGGGAUUAAAUAUCUUAUAAAUAAGUUUGCAUACUCUCAAAGUCUCUAUGAUUAUUUUGAAAAAUAAAAGCAGUACUUU